UUGUUCAUGUUUGUCAAAAAAUAAUGCCGAGUUUACUGGAAUCAUGUCAAGAGUUGUUCGGGACGGAUAAUUUAUAUGAAAUACUUGGCAUUGAAAAGGAUUCUUCUAACAAAGAUGUGAAAAAAGGAUAUCAUAAAGUCUCCCUGAAAGUUCAUCCUGACCGUGUUCACACAGAAAAGAAAGAGGAAGCAACAAAAAAAUUCCAGACUCUGGGUCGUAUCUACAGUAUACUGUCAGAUAAGGAUAAAAGAGCAGUGUAUGAUGAGACAGGUGAUGUUGAAGAUGAGGACAUUGUACAACAGGACAGGGACUGGAGUGAUUACUGGAGAUUGCUAUUUAAAAAGGUCACAGAGGAAGACAUCAAAUCAUUCCAGAAAGAAUAUAAAGAUUCAGAAGAAGAGCUUGAGGAUUUAAAGACAGCAUAUAUAGAAUGUGAAGGUGACAUGGAUGGCAUUAUUGAUAGUGUAAUGUGUGCAACCAUUGAAGAUGAAGCAAGAUUUACAAAGAUUUUAAAACAAUUAAUUAGAAAAAAGGAAAUCCCAGAUUUUCCAGCUUUUUCAAAGGAAGGAAAGAAAAAGAAAGCUGAGAGGAAGAGAAAACAUGAAGCUGAAGCUGCUGAAGCAGAAAUUGAGGCUAAAAAAAUUGGACUUGAUAAUGACAAAUCAUUGAAAGCCUUGAUACAGAAAAAACAACAGACGAGAGAACAAGCUGCAGACGAUUUCUUCUCACAAUUAGAAGCUAAAUACACCAAACCUAAAAAGAACAACACAAAAGGCAAGGUGAAGAAAUAAAGAACUGUGGUGAUACAUGUUAAUAAGACUACAGUGGGGUUUCCAGAUGUUAUCUGGUAUGAUAUCUGGUAUCACCCUUGUAAUCUAUACCAGUAACAUCUGUCCUUUAACUACUUAAACUUUCUCUGAUAUUUAUUGAAUAAGAUUUGAUAAAGUAGAAUUUAAGGGAAGAUGAGAAGAAGACUUUAUAAUCUAUAUUUCAUUUACAACUGUCCUCUACAAAUGUUAACUUUCUCUGAUAUCAAUUGAGAUGUGAAGUAGAAUUUGAGGUAAGGUUGGAGGAGACUUGUAUAUGCUUCUGUGACAAAAAUGUUACCAAAGAGUUUGCCUUAAGGCCAUAUAAAAUUAGUUUUUAGGUAAUCAUCCCCAACAGCCCCUCUUGAUUUGUCCUAUCUGAAAUUUGGUUCUACAAAAGAUCAAGGGUCUGUUUACAAAACAGUCAGAACAGCCUGUUGUAGAAGUUAAAGAAUAAUUCAAAACUGAAAAAAUGUGUCUUGCACUCAUAUAAACAUUAAAAUUGUGAGAGAAUUCCAGCAUUAUGUAUAAAAAUAUGAUAUACUAGAUAUUUCAAAUAAUAAAAGAUGGAAUUUGACCCACCCUCUCAUUUUUUUUUGGUGUAUAAUAUUGUACGAGAAACUAAAAAUUAGAUUUAUAUGGCCUUAUGUAUAAAACCACUGUACCUUUUUAAAUGAAAAAAUG